ACAAGAGCGGAGAGUGUUUAAUAAACGAGUGACUUAAAAAGUUUACCGAACGUGUUGCAUACUAUGCUAUUUCUACGACCGUUAGUUUUUGGGUACAUUUCUGGAAAAAAAAACACGAAUACAUUCACUGACAGGACUGUCAGAAUUGACAAGCGUCAAACUUCAAAACGUGCGAAAUGUCUCCGAAAACAUUCGAUUGCUUCCAAAACGGUGCGGUAAUAUCCCGAAAAUGUUCGAAGUGGCUCGAAUCCGUGGGAAACGAAACUGACGUGGUAAAGUGACGCUUCCCGAACGCUACAUCGGUGUAUAAUUAGGUAUUUUACAGACGGGAGUAGAAAAACUUUUUAACUCAUUCGUUUAAUAAAAAGUCGCUCCGCUCGUGUCAAAUAAACUCGUGAGUCGAAUGCCGUUUACCGCACUUGUUGCAUACUAUACUUUUUCUAUUUUCGCAAAACAACACGAAUACAUUCACUGACAUGACCCUCAGAAUUGACAAACGUCAAAAUUUAAAGCGUAGGAACCAUCUCCGAAAACAUCUGAUUGCUCCCAAAUCCGUGCGGUAAGCGAAAGUGACACUUCCCGCACGCUAGAUCGGUGGGUAAUUAGGUAUUUUACAGACGGGAGCAGAAAAAAAUAUUUCACACUGUAUAUCAAAAAUUGCGGACCUAGACUGAUAUAAAACAUUUUUCUUAAAAUCAUUCAAGGAAUUGCAUCCUUAAGGAUCAUCAUUUUAUUAUGAAUUACCCCGUAUAAUCAUAGCUGUAUUAUAGUGAAAUAUUAAGUUCGUCUCUCCUUUUUGCAAAUGGUAUUUGCGCAAUGGAUAAAAUCUGUUCAAGUUUGUUAACUAUUUGAGCCAAACUUCACCAAUGAUGAGCUUCACUUAAGAUUUAAACUUUAUCGAGUCACACACCAUUUAGUUUACUUAAACAAUACGUUAAUUAGUUUUUAAACUGUCAGAUUUUGAACUGCAGACGUAGGGAUUGUUCACCAUCAUCCACAUGUCGUUUUGAGAAAUUUGUCUGUGUUAAUCGGUAGUCCGGGUAAGUAAAAAAUGUUUUGAAAUAAAACUAUCAAUGAAACAAAGCUGGAACCUCCGGCAAUAAAAGCAUAAACACCUUUUUGAGUUAAUGACUGGUUGUUGCGGUGUGAUACGUCUCAUAUGAUAGUGUCGUGAGAGUUAUGAAAUAGUGCUAAAGAUGACCUUAAGAAAUUUCUCAUUUUUUAAAAUAAAAAAUUCGUUUUUUCUAGAUAAAUUUUCUUUUUAAUAAUAAAUUAAUAAUGGAGUCUCACUUAUGCAUCAUUUUCUAAUUGUAAUAUCUCCUUUCAUAAGUACAAAAUAUAAUAGCAAUUUUUCUCGGACACCCUGUAUUUAGGAACAUUCAAACCAGGUAUUGUCUGUUCAUAGAUAUAAGAAAGUGACCAAUUGCUUUUGAAUUUACAUACAAUGCAACAAGAUUAUUACCAAAAGUUUCGGAAUUUAAAUUCAGGUAAAAUUGUGGUCCGUAAUAGAAAAUAAUUUUAUACCUACCUACAAAAGGAAUACGUCUGUAAUAAUUAUGCAAAAAAUCUAGGGAAUACAGUUUACCACUGUACAUUUAAUUCCAUUGAAUAUGUUUGGCACCAACUGAUAUCUGCCAUUCGUCGUAACAAUGUUUUUCCCCGUGUUAACUCCAAUGUCCUCAAACUUAUAGAAACCGAUGUUUUUAACAUCCCUCCACAAAGUUGGGCAAAUUCUGUUAAACAUAUAGAAAAAGCAGAACAAUCGUAUAUCCAUAUCGCAAAUAAUACAGAACAAAUAAUAGUUAGAACAGGCGAUGAUAGUGAUAGCGAUACUGAUAUAUUAUGUGAGUAAUUUUAAGUAAUUUAAGUAGGUAACAAAAAUAAUUUGUAAUUUUAUUUUAGAUUUAAACAUAAAUACAUAAAUAAAUAAAUAAAUAUUGUUUAGUAUCAUUCCUAACAAAACCCCAAAUAAUUAAAUUCUAAGCAAAGUACGGACCUGUUCGGCCAUAUUUCCUUCUUACAGCUUGCCCGGGUCUUUCCUUAAUUCGUAACAGUUAGUCACUUUCUUAUAUCUAUGAACAGACGUUACAAUUAGGUUUUAAGUAAUCUCCAAUAACAAGCCGCCAUCAGCGUCUUUUUCGAAAAAAUGCCUAAUAACUGGUUUUGAAGAAAAAAAGGUGUCCAGUACGUUGACUGCGCAUUUUGAAUACCUACUUAACAAAAAAUAAUUAACAAAAUCAAUCAAAAAUUAAGAUUUUACUAGAGUAGACCCACAAAAUUUCCAAUUGUAAAGUAAGUUACAGCAAUUUUUCGAAAAUGCACAUUUUAGAAAAACGCUCUAUAACUCUAAAACCGUAGCAGAUAUCCAUAUUUUGUUCUUUUAUUUAAAUUGAGCUCCAGACACCGACAUCAGUAUUCAUCUAUUUCCUUUCGAAAGGGGAUUUUCGCUUUAAAACCCACUCUUUCAAUGUUUAUAGAAACGAAAAUAAAAUCCAAUCCAAUCCUAUAUAUCGUAAUCCCCACCAGUUUUCUUUAGUUCGUCCAGGCAUGGCAGAAUAUUAGUUUUUUCUACUUUGUUUUAUAUUAACAUUAUGCAAGAAAUGAGCUGGUAUUUCGGAUAAUUCUAUCGUUAGAACGCCAUGUAGAUAACGUAAAUGGUGAUAAUUUUUUGCAAAAAAAACGUAUUAAGAAUUUUCAUUGACAAGCGCUUUUACAUUUGAAAAAUUUAACAUCAAAAACAGAAACAGAACCCGGACUCCGUGGAGAAUAAAACAAAUAAAACUAGAAAACUCUCUGAGGUUAGUGUUUUGUUUUUCGAAAUCCUCUCGGAAGUCGUAACAUCGAAAAAUUUGUAGAAGAGUUUCAAUGGAAAAAAAAUGGAAAACAGAAGAAAAUGUUACCCGCUUCAUGGAAAUGAUUUUUUUUUCAGGAAAAAAGAAUUAGAAAAAACAAACAAAACAUAAAAUUAAUUGUCCCUUUAGUAGAAUACCAGCAUGAUCUUCAACUGCAAAUGUCCGUGGACCUUAAUUAAAUUCAACUAGAAACAUCAAAAAAGUGUUAUUACAAUUACAACAGAUAAUAAAUACCAUUAACUGGGGAUUACCCAAAAUAUUUAAAUUAAUCAGAAAAGUUAAAUUGAACACCACUAUAACAUUAAACAGGGACAUGCAUCAUGUAGUAUCGUCUUUAUAUAAACUUAAUUAAAUUAAAAGAUAGUUAGAACAUAUACUAUUCAUAUUUAACAAUUGCAGAUUGUUUGCUUGAAAGAUAAGUUUCUCAGAAAACUAAGUUUAGGUUGUAAAUUUGUAUUACAUAAUUAUGUAAUUAUUAUUCCACUUUGGAUAUAGGGACGUUAUACAUUACAUUCCUUUUGGUAGUCGGCCUAAACUGACCCCUUUUGUUUAGUCUUUGGUCAAGGCUAAGAGUCACUGGUAAAGGGUGUCCCACACUUCGUUCAAUUCGUGCGAUUUGUUAGAUAAAGACCAGUGACCAAAAAAAAAAAAACAAAAAGACCGAACUCGGAUUACACGGUUAUUUUUUCCACACAUUUCGAGCAAUACACUGUAUUCAUCUGAAUAAAUCGCGAAACGUGUCUUCGAAUAUGCAUCCUAGCAGCACGACGAUAUUAUAAUAAAGCUCGACAGACACGACGCAAUUUCUACAUGUAUUUCUGCGCGAACUGCAUUAUUUUGGUGGAAUUUUGGUUUUAAAUGUUGUUUUUUUAAUUUUAAACAAUAAACGAUACAAGAGGAAACAAGAAAAACCCACCAAGUUGUGUAAGGAUUACAUUUUGAAUAUUGGCAUAAUUAUUUACGAGAGAAGGAACGAAUCGUUUUAGCGUUAGAAAUUUAGACUGCCAUCUUAAAGUUAUUAUUUACCGUGCGUUUGGUUCUGUGGUCCUCUUAGGUCGAUUACGAUUCGGCGGUAUCGGCGGUAUUCUGUGAUUCGGCGUCGUCGAUUUUAUUCGUGGCCAUUUUCAUAAAAUUUUAGUUUGCUAUCAAUUUGCGUAUUAAGCGGAUUCGUUUUCGAGGGAAUUAAACAGAGUGUCAGAAUAUUUGGAUUUAGCACCCCAACGCAAGAGAAUAUUUUAUUUUUAUACUCACUUAGCAGGUAGUUUAGCCAUGAAGCGAGGAGCUGAUGGUGACAUGGGAUCCCCACAAAAGCGUUCCCGAAGAGGUGAUGAGGAAGUCCGCUUACUAAUUCCAAGCAAGGUUGCUGGAUCAAUCAUUGGCAAAGGCGGGCAAAACAUCACCAAAUUGAGAAGUCAGUACAAAGCUUCAAUAACUGUCCCUGAUUGCCCGGGCCCUGAACGGCUGCUUACACUUUCUUCGGAUUUGGAUAGUGUGUGCAAUAUUAUUAGAGAUGUGAUGCCCAAUUUAGAAGAGAACGGCGCUACAGCUGGAAACGGAAAUGACCUUGACGUCCGUAUGAUGAUCCACCAGAGUCAAGCGGGAUGUGUUAUUGGGAAAGGAGGACAGAAGAUUAAAGAAAUUAGAGAGAAAAUUGGGGCUCGUAUCAAAAUUUUUUCCAAUGUUGCUCCCCAGAGCACUGAUCGUGUGAUUCAAAUUAUUGGUGAGGCUGCAAAGUGUGUCGAAACUGUUCGAGAAGUUCUUACUCUUAUUAAAUCUAACCCCAUAAAAGGUGCUGUCAAUCCUUACGACCCUCAUAAUUUUGAUGAUGUGUAUCCAGAGGAGUAUGGUGGCUGGGGUAACCAUAAUAUUGAGGGUGGUCGUGGCAGCAGCGGGGGCGGCGGUGGUAGCUUUAGAGGCGGUAGGGGGGGAUCUGCCGGGCCAAGAGGGGGUGGUGGACAUUCCCUUCCUCCGCCACGUGGUGGAAUAAGAGAUGGUGGUGGACGAUUUGGGAGUAGAGGUGGAGGUUUUGGAAACAGAAAUAGUAAUUUUGACAGACCAUCUGGUGGUGGUCGUUCAUUUGGAGAUGCCCCUUUUGGAAAUCGUAAUCGUCCCCCGCCAUUCGGAGAUAGGAACGGGUGGAGCAGCAGUUCCGCAUCUUUUAACAAUCCGCCAGCGCCACUAACUUCUUCUAUACAGUCAGGACCACCUUCAGGAUCUGGUUCUAUUGGUUUAGGCGUAACCAGUUCAACUGGCGGCAAGAAUUCGACACAAGUCACUAUUCCCAAAGAUCUUGCAGGAGCUAUAAUUGGGAAAGGUGGCGGUAGAAUUAGAAAAAUAAGGCAAGACUCUGGUGCCGGUAUUACAAUAGACGAACCCCUUCCAGGCUCAAAUGACCGAAUCAUAACUAUAACAGGCUCUCCAAAUGAGAUUCAAAUGGCACAAUAUCUGCUACAACAAAGUGUCCAUAACAACUCAGAGAGAAACAACUUCUAGACAACGCCCCAGAAUUGGAAAUCUCAUGCCCAUAAUAAAUGUUAUAAAUGUAAAUUCAGUGACAAAAUUAUAUAGACAAAUGUUACUUGCCUAUCAAGAAAUUUAUUAUAAGUGGAUGGGGUAUUUCAGAUCAUUUUUGUUGUUGUCUUUUAGUUUAUAUUUAUAUUAGAAGAUGUAAAGUUUCCAUUCAUCUUUCAUCAUGCUUUUAUUCUGACUCUCCAACCAAACUAAAAUUUGUUGUUUGGUUAUUUUUUCACCAUUUUCAAGUUAGUGAUUGGAUAAUUGUCAGGAUGUACAUAGUCCGUAUAUUUGCAUGUGAUUCAUGCUUGCUCUAAUAUAUGUAUUUGUCUAUAUAUUUUUGGUUUAUAAAAAUAUAAAACAUUCCAACAUUUUUUAUUUUUACUAUUGUAUGGGUGUUAUUUUUGAUUUAUAUAUAAUCAGUAUUCUGUGCAUUCAAAUAUGUUAUAUAAUAAAGAUUUUUUUAAGUACAAGCCCUAGUUCCUACAGAUACGUGUUCUUUUUGGAUUUCUCCAAAUUAGAAUAUACCAAAUUUCAGCAACUAACAAUUGUAAAGAUAAAAAUUCAAACUUAAAAAUAAUUUCCAGCAAUUAUCCUUGAAUUUGCGCUUUAUCGGCACCUAUAACCAUUCGACCAUUAACAUAGGAGAAAUCCAAGGGAAUUUUAUGUAUUAAGAUAUGGACAGGUUCAAAUACAAAAUGCAUAUUUUGUUUCGCUUAAGUGGUUAUUCUACAUUUCAAACUUUUGCAGAUACAGAUUACAUUGUUCAUUCGUAUAUUUAAAUUUAAUAGUUAGAUAUCAGUGUUUCCUGAUCAUUUGGAUGUUCGGUGUCUGUUAAGUACAUACCUGUUAAGAAAAAAUCUAAAAAGUUGUGUACCAAAGCUUAAGUAGUAGGGUCUUUUAAAACUUUUAGGUUAUUUAAGGUUAUUUCUUAAAUAAAGGGAACAAACAAGUACAAAAUUAUUUUAUAUAAUGAUGUAUAAAACCCCCUGACUAAAUUAAAAAUUCCCUGUUAUCUUUGGUGUUUUCCACUUGAUUGGAAUGAUAAAGGAAUGAAAUAUUCAA